GCGGCUGUCGCGCCAAAAUUUCAAACAAAUAAUAUGGCGGAUACGGGCGAGGCUUGCUGUGGAGAAUUUGAUAUUAUUUCAUGGCGAGAUAUUUGAUAACUGGUCGAUUUUUAAAACAUUUUUGCCCAGAUUCUGCUAGAAUAACCCGAUAAGAAUUUUUGAGCUUCUGUUGACUUGAUUUGAUUCGUUUAGUUUCCGUGGAGUUGCUAUUUCUGCAAGCGUUCGUCUUUCUCAGCCAAAGAGGGAAGUCACUUACGUGUCAGUUUGAUCAUUUCGGAUCUUAGCAUUUGCUGCGAGCGAACACCAGAUUUCACUGGACUUUAUCAUAGAAGAUGCUGAUAAACCCAUCCAUCAUACUUUGAGCCAUUUUUUAGGACAGUCUACUUGUUUGGAUGUUGGUCAUGGUAACAAAUAGAUCAUGGUGUUUUCUUCUCACAGGAUUAGGCCCUGCAAUAAAUACAAAUUAGACAAGCUUGAUAAGAUUCAUACUUGACUUUCUAAGGAAAACUGUGCAAAAUGAUUGGAAAAACAGGAAUUUUAUCUCCAAAAUUGAAGCUGAUGACUGAUGAUCUGUUUCUACAGUGGUUUUUAAAUCCAUAUACACAGAAGCAGUUGCAAAGAGAUUUCAAGAAAAUUGUUGGCCAGUCAUCAGCAUCUGCAGAUGUUCAAGUAUCGCCACGAGAAAUAGAAACUUCAAAUAAUAUUCUUGGUUCAAGACCUGCAUCUCCUCCUGCAACCCCACCCCUUGCUUUGACACCCCCAGGAAAAUCACCAUCAAGCCCCAGAAGGAGGACAACAUCAUCAUUAUCAUCUUCAUCAGGACAAGUAGAUCAGAUAUCAUCAAAAAGAAACUCUUUAAAAAAUAGUUUAAAACAGCCAAAAAGACCAGAAGUCAUUCCUGGUUGUGCAAAAAACCUGCCACAAUUCUAUUUCCCUUUUGGAAAACCAUCUGAUGAAAUGGUUGAUGAAAAAGCCAAACUCAGACUUGUUAGUCGGAUAUUUGCCAAAUUAACAAAUGGAAAAGCAAGUUGUUCCCAGCUUGUUGAUGUUGUUCAGAUACUUGGUCUUCCAUUAUAUUGGAAAUACCCCCUUUACAAAGCAUGUGGUGGCCAUAGUAAAGGAUAUGUUACAUUUCAAGAACUUUCAGUGACAUGGGAAAUAGUGCUAAAGACUUACCAUGAUCCAGCAGCAAGACUUUUUAAGUUUUUGGCUCCACCAGAAAAAGAUUUUUUGACCAAAGAGGACUUCAAUGGCUUCAUUCAGGAUGUUAUUGAGACACAUCCUGGCCUGCAAUUUUUGAUGGAUGCCCCAGAAUUUCACUCAAGAUACAUUACCACAGUUAUAUCUCGAAUAUUCUAUUGCAUAAAUCGAUCUUGGAGUGGUAGAAUUUCACUUGCAGAAUUCAAGAAGAGUAAUUUUCAACAGGUUCUAAUAUCGCUUGAGGAAGAAGAUGACAUAAAUCAGGUGGUCGAUUAUUUUUCAUAUGAACAUUUUUACGUAAUUUAUUGCAAAUUUUGGGAAUUGGAUACCGACCAUGAUUUAAUUAUUGACAAAAAAGACCUUUCCAGAUAUAGCAAUGGAGCUUUGUCCACAAGAAUAAUUGACAGAAUUUUCAGUGGGUGUGUCACGAGUGGCAAGGAAUUCUCUGAGGAUAAAAUGAGUUACGCAGAUUUUGUUUGGUUCUUGAUAUCGGAAGUGGACAAGAAACAGCCCACAAGCAUCGAGUACUGGUUUCGUUGUAUGGAUCUUGAUGGAGAUGGCAUCAUCUCAAUGUAUGAGCUUGAAUACUUUUACAAUGAACAAUUAGAGAAAAUGCAGAGACUGGGUAUUGAGACUUUGGCAUUCCCCGAUUGCCUUUGCCUGGUUAUCGAUAUGGUUAAUCCAGCGGUUGAAGGAAAGAUAACUCUACGUGACCUGAGGCGAUGCAAAACGGUUAAUUUAUUUUUCGAUACAUUCUUCAAUUUGGAUCGCUGGCUUGAAUACGAACAAAGAGACCCGUUUCAAUCUGCACGGGACGCGGAUGAAUUUGGGCCUGGAAAUGAGCUAAGUGACUGGGAGAAGUUUGCAAUGCAGGAAUAUGAGAUCUUGGUUAAUGAAGAAGGUGCUUCGCAAGAUUUCAACUACGAGGAUGAUUUUGAUAUGGAUGAUGACCUCGACCAAGAUGAUAUUGCUGCACUUAAAGGCGAAAACAAUGUAGAAAACAAUCUUACCAAGAGUUUGUCAUACUUCACUGGAACUGGAGGGAGCUCUGAUGAUGAAGACAGCAGUACGUUUUACUGAUAUUUUCGAAACGAACUUAGAUAUUUUCCUUAAGGAUAUAAAAAUCUAUUUUUGCUCUUAGAUGUUUGUAUGCCACAAUACAUUCUACGUUAGUUCUAUUAUCAAAGCGAAAUUUCACUCUAAAUUAAAUGUAGAAAUGUUUGUUGAUGAUAACUUGCUUGGUAAAACAGCCCGUUAAUCUUGUGAUUUUGUACCUGUAUGUUUCGAACCCGAUGAAAACUGUUCCUGGUAAGACGUUUUCUGGCUGGGAAGCCCAUUUUCCAAUAAGUCGAAUGAACCGAACAUUUUCCAUUUCUCCACGUCAUUUGGCAGGCUGAUAUUUUUGUCCCCGGGCAUUGUUAUGUUCCGUUUUUUGCACGACAUAACACCACAGAAAGUUUCUUAGAGCUAAAAACAGUUACCCCUUUAUGCCUAUUUGACCCCGUUUUACUUAUUCGACUUCGUUUCCUAAAGCGCUUCAAGAACGAUUGAUAAUUUAACCCAACCUUGGCCUGUCAAAGUCCAAUUUUGCUGUUCCAGCCAUAUUUACUAGUUUUUCUUUCGCGGAAAAAGCAUUACUGUUACGGCGGGCCGUGUUAUCAAGAGAUCGUUUCGGGAAGCCAGCUCGAAGGCAAGCGAAUCCUGACGAAUCAGCGAUGCGGUUUUUUCGUUUUUCAGCACCAAUGUUUGAAACUUUUCACCUUGCGGUAUCACUAGAAGAUGAAAUCGCGUUAAUUAAAAUUUAGAAAUUCAAAUCCAACGGUGAAAGUAGUCAACUUCUGUAUCUCCGACUGAAAAUGUAUAAAAAUUGUCCCUGAAGAGCUUUUUUCCCUGUGUUUCACUCGCUGCAGCCAUUUUGAAUGGCUACUUUUUGUUUAGGCGGCUUUCAUACUUUUUUGAAUCUGGGCAGGAUCCAUUUGAAGUCAAUGGCAGUGAGAAGGCUGUCAGAUAGUUUCUGUUUUAUAGUAGAUCGAAAUUGUACGGCAAAUGUGCAUUCUUGGUCUAAAUCAAGGUCAAAAAUCAGCACAUUAGACAAAACAGUGGUGCCAAAGAAGAGGCCUAAGCUAUACAGCGCAUUCGAUAUCUUUUAAUCAUUGGCUGCACAGAUAUUGAUAUAUAAGGAAAACAAUUUAACGUUCUUCUGGAUUCAUUGAAAAUGAAGAACUUGCUUGGAGAACGCUAAUUUGAUAAUGUUUAUGAAAAUUAUUAAUUUUAUUGGCUGAUCUACAACUUUUGUUUUUACUCAUUAUUAGGUUCCUUACCACAUGGCUUCAAUCGACCACCAAAUAACUUUUAUAUUUCUUUUUUUCAAAUAACUCAUUGCAAAAAUUUAUUUUGUACACAAGGAUGCACUUUCCUACUCCAGUUUACGUGGAUGUUUUUGUGUGGACAAACUGAUUUUAGAAGUAUGAAAAGCUUACAAACCCGAGUAUAGUUUCAUGUCAAAUUAUCUUAUAUUUUUCAAAUUAUCAUACAAGGGUGUUAUGUCAAGGAUGAUUUUAUGUGAAUACAGAUUCUCAAGAAGGGCUGACUUUUCAAGGCCGUUUUCUGCAUAAAAUUAGGCAAACACGAACUGAAAUGAUCAUAAACGAUAUCAUAACAGUCUUAAAUGAUAUUUUACAGGCAAAGAAAUGUCUACACAAUUUUGGUAUUUUUCUAUCCACACACCGCCGCUACACAUCUACACAUCCAUCUUUUGUAAGCAGAAUUUUGAUGUUCGGCGAAAUUGAGCAAUUGUAACGUAUUGCAUUGUUUUGUAGAUCAAUACCUUUUUAGUAGCCCAGUUAACAGCAAAACAGUGUGCCUUUGAACAGUCUUAAACAUGAUUAAAAAUUCGAUAGAUUUUUAGUCCUUAAAAUAUUAAAUUUCGAGUCAAGAAACGUCUUAAUUUUUUCUAGUUCAAAAAGUCUCAGUUUUAGGAUUUAAAAGUCUUAAUCUUUUGUCCUAAAACUUCUUGAUUUGUAGUCAUAGAAGUUCUUUAUUUCUUUUCCUAUUAAUAUUCUGUCCUAAAACAUCUUAAUUUUCAGUUCCAAAAAUUCUUAUUUUCUAUUCCUAAAAAUUUUCCAUUCUAGCCUUUAAAAGUCUUUGUCUUUUUCCCAAAACAUCUCAGUUUCUAGUCCUAGAAACUCUCAAUUUUUAGUCCUAAAAAUUUUCUAUGCAAAUAGCCUUACUUUUUCACGCAAAAUUGACCCGUCUAAAAAUUCGUUAUUUUGUCGAAAAAACAACUUCAAUUCAUGUUCUUUCAGGCCGUAAAUAGACAAAUUAACAUGCUUGCAGAGGAAAAAUUUUUCAAAAAAAUUGGCGAAUUU